UCUUUGAAGACAAUUACUAACGACACCUACAUCUUUUGUCGUCUGGUGGUUACGUCGUCGGGUACGGCGAACUCCUGAAAAAUGAACGUGAUUGCCAAAUCGACGAAUAUUGCACCCUUUGUGAAGGCUACAAUUAAUGUCAUCUCCACGGGACUAAAACCGGUGGCAUCAACGAGCAAGAUAUUACGCAAGGAAUUUGUAAUACCUUCGAUUGAACGUACUACCAGCUAUACUCUUUAUCAAGACAUUCAAUUUCUGGGGCCUCUACGUAUAACUUUGGGAAUUGGCGUAAAUUCACAAGUAAUGCAGCGAAGGUUAGCACACACUGACAUUAAAGUCCCAAAUUUUGAUUCUGUUCGCAAAGAUAAUUUUAAAAAUCCAAAUAUUCGUAAAAUGGACAAUUCAUCAACACCAAAAGCAUUUUCAUAUCUUUUAUCAGCAGGUGCUGGAGUUGCUAGUGCGUAUACAACAAAAACAUUUGUAGAACAGAUUAUAUUUUCUUUUAGUGCCUCUGCAGAGGUCUUGGCUAUGGCUAAAAUUGAAAUUAAAUUAGAUGCUAUUCCUGAAGGAAAAAAUGUUGUAUUUAAAUGGCGUGGAAAGCCUCUUUUUAUUCGUCACAGAACUGCUACUGAAAUAGAGACUGAAAGCAAAGUUGAUGUUUCUACUCUGCGUGAUCCUGAAGCUGACACAGAUAGAGUACAAAAACCUGAAUGGUUGGUUGUGAUUGGAGUUUGUACACAUUUAGGUUGUGUACCAAUUGCAAAUGCUGGUGAAUUUGGUGGUUAUUAUUGCCCUUGUCAUGGUUCACAUUAUGAUGCUAGUGGUAGAAUUAGAAAAGGACCAGCACCUCUAAAUCUAGAGGUUCCUCAACAUCAAUUUGUAGAUAAUCUACUUAUUGUUGGUUAACUUUUUACUUACUCCAACAAAUCGUAGAAAUAUCACUGUUUUCUUUUUCAAAAAAAUCUGUACAAGAAAUGUUUUGAUCUACAAUUAUUAUCAUCAUAAAAUAAAAUUGCAUAUCUCUGUAAUUUUAUUGAUUGGAAAAUUAA